AAUCGAUUCGACUCGGAGACUCCAAAUCAUACCAACUUCGAUAUUGGAGUAAGAAAAACAACAUUGGAUGUCAGAUGUUAUUGUGCGAAAAAUAAUAUUAAGUAACAAUUGUGUGAUUAAAAAAUUUGCUUGAAAUGUCGGGGAAAAUUCCUCAUCGUGAUGUUGGGCCAACAGUUCAAUUAAUUAGACGACUGAUUCGAGGUAGAAAAUUCGUCCCUCAUUUGAGAUUUGCUGAUGAACUUGUUUCACGUACUCAACCACCUCCAUCGAUUCCUGGUGGUCCAUUCCACAAAACGUCCAAGGUUUAUUACUAUACUAGAGAUGCUAGACGUUUAGUUACACCACCAGAAGUUUUGGCUACUGCGAAAAUGCUUACUGCUGGAGGGUCAGACGUAGCAAAGAAGGAACCACUAAAACCUGUUACUCCAAACAAAGUUUACGAUCCUCCUUUUGAAGAUCCUCCAAAAAUCACUUACCUCGGUUUGAACGACAAUGUAGUUGAGAUAAAGUAAAAUACUAAGUACUGAAUGUAAUUAUUUAAAUGUAGAAAAUAAAGAAUAUACAAUUAA